GACCUCUGACCUGCUUCAGUGAGAUCACUACAAGAUAACCCUGAGAACUGGGAUGGAUGUAUUUAUUGGGAUGUAAUAAACGUAUCUACCCAUCGGAUGUAGCAGAGAUGCAGUGGAGAGCCGGAUGCUUUUUAUGUUCCUCCGGAGUAUCAGCAUGAUGGACACACAUACAAGUCCCAGCUGUUUUCGCUGGGGAUGACAAUGCUGUAUGCUGUGGAACACCAUGAUGAACACAAGCCAGAGUUGAGUCAGAAGUUGACCGAUCUCCUCAGUCGGCCUGACGGCCGAUGACCAGAAUCAGAGACCUGAGCUGGACACUGUGAUAUCACACUGUGAAGAAGAGCUUGAUGGACAAUCUUCCCAGGAUAUAUGUCUCAUCCUGUCCACAGUCCCACCAUCAAAUAGCUCUCAAGAAGCCAAUGGCAGCAGUAUUCUUGAUCUAACAAGCGGCCUUACCCAAUAUCUCCAAUCUCAAUCAACCUUCGUCAGCCAGUCACCCCUUCCAUUUUCUCCACCCACUGAAUCCGUUAACUCACCACACGUGACCAUGGAUCAUCAGUAUCAGCAUGUACAAAGGACUGAACAGCAUUCUUCAGGGAAACAUCAUCAUCAUAGGGAGACUCCAUAUUUGGAUAAAAACCAAAAUGUGACCAGUGUUGGUAGUAAACAUUUUGUGUCUGACAUUCAAAGGCAUAACAGUAACCAAUCACACGAGCAGAGUAGACGGACAAUAGAAUACUCAUCGUCAGUAGAUCGUGAGGGAUAUUACCCCGAGGAUCAUGUGACUUCCAAGAUGGCCAGUAGUGGACAUAGUCCUGGCAUCCAGGAGUCCAGUGUGGAUGGUGUUACAGGACACAGUGUGAGGACAGCUGGCUCCUUCCACACGAACCACCAUAAACAUAGGACAGAUCCCAGAAUGUCACAGCAGGUACGUCCUGGUGGUGAACCUUCCACUGAGCAGACGGAAUACAUUCAAAAUGGCCAGUUUUCCUUGCCAGAGAACACCUCAACGCCUACAUCCUCAGGUGUAGAAGACAAUCAACCUUCACCUUCACCUGCUAAAGAAAGGAGGAAACAGGGUAUGACAAUCGGGGAUAUUCUUGACUGGAUCAACCGCUACCUAAAUGAGCAGGAACUAUGGGCCAUGUGUCGAGAGGGAGUCCUUGCCCUUCAGAGGAAAAAGAAGCAUCUUCCAGCCUAUAUCUCCCCCGAUACACUGGUAGUACGCGGAGAUGGCAGUGUGACCUUCAAGGCAAUCCCAGAAGACAAACCUCUAGAGGUCAUCUUCAUGGCACCAGAACUUCAACAGAAGGGUGUCCUGUCUGAGAAGACUUGCCUGUACGGUUUGGGCAUCACCCUGCGGUGUGUGGCCGGCCAGAAGUACUCCACCUCCCUGUCUCUCAGGGUCAGCCAGAACUUCGAACAGCUUCUGCUGGGGCUGCUGCAACCAACCCCCGAUAGCAGACCCUCCCUACAGACCUGUCUCCAGAUGUGUGACAACCACGAAGCAGAGGGCAACCCACCCUCCAAGCUGUCCUGCCAGGAACUGUAUGACACAGCAGUCAACACCUCUAAACUACCACAGCCACCUCAACAGCUCCAGCUGCCCCAACAGACACCUCCACCGCCGCCCAUCCCCCCUCCACCACAGGAUGAUGAUGAUGUGGUUUCUGAGGAGGAGCUGAACCUUGAAUAUGUUGUGGAGGAGGAGCAGGACCUGGGCUACGAUCACAUCCAGGGGCACUCCUCAACAGAUGGGAAUGCUUUGGAUGACGAAGAAGAGUUCUGUGUGGACGACCCCGCUGAGUUUGAGGUACCUUCCCCUCCCCCAGGCUUCAAGUCAGUCAAGAAGAAUCCCACUGAGCAGUCAAUUGGGGAUCUGCCUUCAAGCCAGUAGCACUGAAGCCUGGU